CCAAUUUAGGGUUCUCCGGAUCUUCUCCCAUUUCACCAUAAAACCCUCGCGCGAGAGCGUCUCCACUUAUCGCGUAGUUGCGACUCCUUGCGGCGGAGCCGAAGGCGAAACGAGGUGUUGAGCCAUGGUUAAGCAUAACAAUGUCGUGCCAAAUGGGCAUUUUAAGAAGCACUGGCAGAAUUAUGUGAAGACUUGGUUCAACCAGCCUGCGCGCAAGACAAGGAGACGUAUUGCUCGGCAGAAGAAGGCUGUGAAGAUUUUCCCACGUCCAACUGCUGGGCCACUCCGUCCCAUUGUCCAAUGUCAGACGCUCAAGUACAACAUGAAAUCUAGAUCUGGCAGGGGUUUUACUCUCGAGGAACUGAAGGCAGCUGGAAUUCCAAAGAAACUUGCUCCAACAAUUGGCAUUGCCGUUGAUCAUAGGCGAAAGAAUCGAUCUCUCGAGGGUCUGCAAGCCAAUGUCCAAAGGUUGAAGACAUACAAAGCCAAGCUCGUCAUCUUCCCAAGGCGAACCCGCAAAUUCAAGGCUGGAGAUUCUUCUCCGGAGGAACUUGCAACAGCCACUCAGGUCCAAGGCCCAUACCUCCCCAUCGUGCGCGAGCAGCCUUCGGUUGAGCUCGUCAAGGUUACGGAUGAGAUGAAAUCAUUCAAGGCGUAUGCCAAGCUUCGUGUUGAGAGGAUGAACGAACGGCAGGUCGGUGUGAGGAUGAAGAAAGCAGCGGAGGCAGAAAAGGAAGAAAAGAAAUAACUGAUUGAUAUCAUCAUGUGUUUCGACUGCCUUCAACGUAGAUUUUGAAUCUUAUUAUUAGUUGCUGAGUUAUUGUGAUUUGGAUGGAAAAUUGAACUCCUUCUGGAACGGGUGCGACAGUAAUCAUAAGAUUUGUGAUUUAAUUUGCAGCAAAUGGGAUGAUUUAUUAUUGCCA